CUGGAGGAUCUGAUUUGUCUUUUAUCUUUGCAGGCAUUUUUAUGGUCCUUUCUCUCCUGUCAAUUGUAUACGGCGCCUUACGCUGCAACAUCCUGGCUAUUAAGAUCAAGUACGAUGAUUACGAUGUCAAUGUGAAACCAGCUGCCUACCUCUGCAUAUUCCUGUGGAGAAGCUUCGAGAUUGCUACACGGGUGAUAGUUUUGGUCCUUUUCAGUUCAGUCCUUCAAAUCUGGAUUCUCCCUGUUGUGCUGGUGAAUUUGUUUGUAUUUUUCUUUUAUCCCUGGAUUCUCUUCUGCCAAAGCAAGUCCCCGUUUCCUGAGAACAUAGAGAAGGCCUUGAGCAGGUUUGGUACUACCAUCGCAUUGUGCCUCCUCACCCUCCUGUAUGCUGGCAUUAACAUGUUCUGCUGGUCGGCAGUGCAACUGAACCUCAACAACCCUGACUUAAUUAGUAAAUCCCAAAACUGGUACCGCUUGACUGUGUAUUAUAUGCUGCGGUUCGUUGAGAAUGCCUUGCUCCUGCUGAUGUGGUACAUCUAUAGAACCGACACCUACCUGUACGUGUGCGCCCCGCUGCUGGUCUUGCAGCUCCUCCUAGGUUACUGCAUGGCUGUCUUCUUCAUGCUGGUAUUCUACCAGUUCUGCCACCCGUGCAAGAAGCUCUUCGCAUACAGCGUUUCUGAAGGUCUGCUGUCCUGUUGCAAGUUCCUCUGCUUCUUUUGCAAGCCUUCCAAAUCCAGCAAACUGGCGGACAAAGCAGAUUUGAAAUCACCUGCCAACACUGAUGAAGCCUGGAACAGUAGCAAAACAACAGAUUCUCAAAAUGGGAAUCCCCAUCAGAGCGUUUCUUCUAAUGCCUAGUACAACUGGGAGCAGCAGGUGCCUUUGGAAAGUGCCACCUUACCUGCUGGGAAUGUUAUGUGUCUGGGACAUUGUGUCUUGUGAAUGAGGUGUUUUUCUUGCAGGUGUAGCACUGCAUGAAGACUGAUAAGCCUUCCUUUGGGGGAAACCUAAGUGCAUUAGGGUAUGU